AUGAAAUUCAGCAUCGAGUCCACCGCGUCCUACAACAGCAUCCACCCGGCUUACCACUAUACCGAGCAGUUCGCCAACAACAGCGAGACCUAUCGCGAUGGUACCAAGUGGUUCGGGGUGUUUCUGGCGUUCCUGUCAGGCACCUUCUUCACCAUCAGCUCAGCCUUGGUCAAGGCGGUGCGCAACGUCGACCCGAUGAUCCUGCUGGCCAUCCGCGCCCUGGCGCAGAUCCUGGCGAUGGCCGUCGUCGCCUGUCGAUCAGCGGGCAACCUUACUGGUCCCUCGGGCCAGAGGUUGCUCAUACACUUUCAGGGCAUGGUGGGCGGUAUGACUCUAUCGUUGCUGUAUUACAGCUUCCGUGAACUACCUCUGGGCGAUGCCACCACGAUCAUCUUUAGCUCGCCGGUGAUCGUCAUCGCACUGUCUUUCCUUUUCUUGAAGGAACCGUGCGGCGUCCUGCGCAUACUAGUGGUCUGCACGCUCUUAGCGGGCGUCGUCCUCGUCGCUCGACCACCCUUCCUGUUUCAGAUGCACCGUGCCGAGAGCUACAACCUUAUGGGGUACCUGUGCGCCAUCCUGGCGACCCUGUUCACGGCGCUCAACAUCGUCGUCAUGAGAAAGUGCUCCGACGUACACUAUUCCAUCCUGGUGCUGAAUCUGUCGUGCUGGUCGCUCGCUGCCGCCGUGUUCUUCUACUUCGCCGUGUCCGGUGGCACCCACGGGCACCCCUUCCGGUUACCGCGCGACUGGUUCACGUGGGGGCAGAUCAUGCUGGUGGCACUCACCGGGCUGAGCGGUCAGGUGCUGGUGACGAAGGCGCUGAAGAUCGAGGGCGCGGGCAAGGUGUCGGUCACCAGAUCGCUGGACAUCAUCCUGGCGUACAUGAUCCAGGUGUACCUCUUCAAGGACAAGCCGACGUCAACCAGCGUGUCCGGCGCGAUCCUCAUCAUCUCCUCCGUCGUCUGCAUGGGCUUCGAGAAGGAGAUCUACUCCAUCUGCGACUUCAUCCCCUAGUCACCGAACGAUCGCUCAGGGUUGGAUUCGAAACGCGAUGAAUAACGUACCGGGUGAAUCGCGAGAAGCUCGAUUCGCUCUUUGAAAUCAUCAGACUAGUCAGAACAUCACCCGAAAUACCUCUUCUGCAAGAAGCUUCUGCAAGAAGAUCGCGUAUUAUUUAUAUGUUAGAAGUUAGUCGAGAAUUCAAGAAAAGAUUGACGUCUCAGUAUGAAUAGGGAUUAGAAAAGCCGAUAGUUUGCGCUCGAUGGUAAACAUUGAAGCGCCGGCAUCACGUCAGAUUGUUUAAUAAUACUCCAGUAAAUUUUAAUAAAAUUAAGUAAUUGUUCAAUCAGUCGUUUUUUGAGUCAUUUGAGUCAUUGGGAUCCCGAUAUUACGCGUGGAAGAAAUCGAUGAAUCUCCGAACGAUUGAUUCUCUCUUCACUUUUCCUUUAAUUUCUCUCGAAUUUUAAUUUAAUUAAUUGAUAAUUUAAUUAAUAAUAUUCAAUUUACUAUUAAUUAAUUGAAGUCGUAAAAUAAGCGAGAUAUCGCCAUUGUAUUGGGUUGGCCAAAAAGUAAUUGCGUUUUUUUCCAAUA